AUGUCGCAGUUCUUUUUCAUUUUAUUCGCCAGUAUAUCUGUCCUGGCAAAUAGCAUCUUUCAUGUUUCGAGCGCCGUAGUUAGUACAACCAAAACCACUGCGUCAAACUCGACAGCUGUUGGCUGUUUCGCUGAUUUUUUUCCAGCAUCACGAGCAAUGACUGGUGCUUCGACUACUUCAGCUAGCAACACUCCUUCAAGAUGUGCAUCGUAUUGCACAUCUUUAGGAUUCCCCUAUUCUGGAACUGAAUAUGCCAACGAAUGUUACUGUUCGAUGACAGCACUAAUCACUACAUCAACUGCUUGCACGAUGGCUUGCGCAGGUGAUUCAAAGGCCAUUUGCGGAGGAGCGAAUGCUAUAUCGGUUAUGUAUACAAAUAUUUCACGUCUACCGGCUACAAAUAGUACGAAGCGUGGUCUAUGUUGGCCAUGGAAUAAUCCGGCAUCAUCAUUUGCUUUCUUCUCACCCAGCGCCAUACCAUGGCUUUAUAAUUGGGAACUGUGGGAUCCACGAGCAAAAGGUGUCUAUUCGACAGCUGAAUUCGUACCAAUGUGCAGAACACAAGCGGAAGCUUCUCAAGUACCGGCAUACUUUAAAAACUGCUAUGCCAAACGCCUUCUAGGAUUCAAUGAACCGGAUCUCCCAGCAGCAAAUGGUGGUGAUUACAUCUCACCUUACAAUGCAUCUCUUCUGUGGAAACAGUAUAUUCAACCGGUGAAAAAAUCGUGUGGUACGCUAUUAGGCGCACCAGCUGUGACGAAUGGUAUCGGUUCAGGAUGGGGAACGGAUUGGUUACAUCAAUUUUUUAGUAAUUGCACUUCACCUGCAUGCUCAUUUGACUUUAUUCCACUUCAUUGGUAUGGAACUUCACUGACGAAUUUUGAAACAUACAUUGCUCACUUUCACUCAUUGUUUCCAACCUAUCCUUUAUGGAUCACUGAAUGGCAGUUUACUGAUGUUUCCAGCACAGUAACAGCCAACCUGGAAAAACAAGCUUUACAAUGGCUUGAUGCGCAAAGUUAUAUAGCAAGAUAUUCCAUGUUUGGGCCAAUGAAUUCGGCAAAUAUGGCUGGUAUUGUCAACGCUGCUAUGGUCAAAGAUGACCUUAGUGGACUGACAGAUAUCGGCAAAAUCUAUGCUGGGCUAUUAUAG